AUGAUUAGAUGCCUUGAGUGUCAUAGAAUUAUCAAGCAGUAUAAAAGAGAUCCGGAGAAGCAUCAUUGCGGUAUGAAGUGCCCAAUAUGUAAAGAGUAUAGCCGGCCCGGCGAUCAUCGAUGUUACAUGCAACCCAUGGAAAAACGAAACAAAGAUUUAUCGGACAGUGACGAUUCGUCCGAGCACACUGAGGAUGAUAUUACGGAAGGCGGGUACGACCAAAUGUUAUUUUUUUAUUUCGAGUGUCGUCAGGAAAAUGGGAAUCAUGAGCCCAAUUUAUGCGUGAUUCAGAACGAAGCCGGUGACGAAUGGGUUUUUGAAGGGGAUAACACACGGAACGAGUUUUGCGAAUGGUUAUUUCAAAAGGAAUGGGCAAAUUGUAUUAUGAUGGCUCACAAUUUCCAGGGGUAUGACAGUUACUUUAUUCUCCAAUACUUGUGGGAAAAUGGUGUCAAGUACGGUGUCAUCAUGCACGGUGCCAAGGUGCUUUCCUUAUCUGUGGACAUGUUCAAGAUCAAAUUUAUUGAUUCCUUGAACUUUAUUCUGAUGAGACUGGCAGAUUUUCCAAAAACCUUUGGCAUAGACGAGCUGGCAAAAGGGUACUUUCCGCAUCUUUUCAACAAGAAAGAAAACGAGAAUUACGUGGGACCGGUCCCGCCCGCUCCCUACUACAACCCGAACUGAAUGGGUCCAACAGCCAAGGAAAAGUCUUUACACUGGCAUAAAAAUUUGAAAGACAAUGAUUACGUGUUCGAUUUCCAAGAGGAAAUUCUUGCGUAUUGUCGUUCCGAUGUGGAUAUUCUACAACGCUGUUGCUUGGAAUUUCGCGAACUGUUCCGUGACGUUACUAAAAUCGAUCCCUUUGAGAAAUGCCUUACCAUUGCGUCCGCAUGCAAUCAAGUGUAUCGGACAAACUAUCUUCGGGAGAACACCAUUGCCAUCAUCCCACCGCGCGGUUAUUGUCCCGAAAACAAACAAUCCCUUCUUGCACAAAAAUGGUUGUCGUAUACGUCCGAAUGA